UUGGGCAAUCUGACUCUAUUUGGCCAUUGCUCAUCCACUAGACUCAGCUGACUGGCUUUCCUUAGAGAGAGAGAGAGAGAGAGAGGGAGAGAGAAAAGUCGAUAAUAAUUUCUGGGUAAUAAGGAAUUAUGUGUGUAUUUAAGAUACUCGGUGGUUUCUAUGGGUUGGAGCUGGGUUCUGGUGUCAUAUUGGAUCCGGGUUUUUUGUAGGGUUUAAGAAAAAGGCAAAGAGUAGAAGAGAGGUGAGAGGAAAAGCAAAAGACGUGGUCUUUCUCAUAUACACAGAUCCCUAUGGAAUGAAGGGGUGCUCCCCAGCAUUGUUUGCUAAUGUUCAUUCUUUUUGUUUAGUUUAAAGAGACCAAUAUUGUUGUUCUCUUUAGAGAGAGAUAGAUUUUGUGGGGAGUGCAUAGAAUGAAGAGUUUGGCUGGUGGAUAAAGCUCUUCGCAUGAGCCCUGUAGCUAUAGAACAAAAAACCAAGUUUCAGAGGGGAGGCAAGAGAUUUCGCUAUGAUUAGUUUAGGUGCUUGCCAAUGAUUGAGUUGCCUUACUGCAGGAUAUAAGAAGAACCUGUGAGUGUGAAAAAGAAAAGGAGAGAGAGAGAGAAAGAGAGGGGAAGAAGAUGAAGUCCAUGCAUGAUAAUAACGGGAGCAAUAAUAACUGGUUGGGGUUCUCUCUCUCACCCCAAAUGAAAAUGGAGGUUACUACUGACCCCCAGCAUCAUCAGCAUCAGUACCAUCAUCAAGGCCAGGCUUCUUCUGCUGCCGUUUCCGGUUCUAUCCCUACUGGCUACUAUCUUUCCUCACACCUUAACAGCUCUGGAAUCUGUUAUGUAGUCGGAGAAAAUGGUGGUUUUCACUCCCCUUUGUCCGUAAUGCCACUCAAGUCGGAUGGGUCUCUCUGUAUCAUGGAAGCUCUCACUAGAUCACAACCAGAAGGGAUGGUGUCAAGUCCGUCUCCGAAAUUGGAGGACUUUCUGGGCGGUGCAAGCAUGGGAACCCACGAGUAUGGAAGUCAUGAAAGAGAAGCAAUGGCUCUUAGCUUAGAUAGCAUCUAUUAUAACCAAAAUGCCGAGGCCGAAACCAGCAGGGAACAUUCCCUGGACCUUCUUCAAGAGCCCUUCAGGCAACAAGACCAACAGAUUCCAGUUCAAAGUCACCAAUAUUAUACUGGGCUUCCGUGCCAUGGGAUUUAUCAACAACACUUAGAGCAAGAAUCUAAGGAGACCCAUAUUUCCGAUUGUGAUUCCCAAAUCCCUCAAAUCUCAGAGGAUGGGAUACCUUGCCUGAAAAAUUGGGUGUCUAGGCAGUACUCUGCACAUCAUUCCCUGGGGCAGCAGAUGGGUAACAACAUGGUUGAUGAUGGUGGAGCUUCUGGGUCUGUUGGUGCAAUGGGUUGUGGGGAUUUACAGUCUCUAAGUUUGUCCAUGAGCCCCGGUUCUCAGUCCAGCUGUGUUACAGCUGCAAGGCAAAUAUCACCUAAUGGAUUAGAAUGUGGUGCUUUGGAAACAAGAAAGAGAGGUCCUGGAAAGGUUGCUCAAAAGCAGCCUGUACAUAGGAAGUCCAUAGAUACAUUUGGUCAAAGGACGUCACAGUAUCGAGGUGUUACAAGGCACAGGUGGACUGGUAGAUAUGAGGCCCAUCUUUGGGAUAACAGUUGCAAAAAGGAAGGACAAACCAGGAAAGGAAGGCAAGUUUAUCUGGGGGGUUACGAUAUGGAAGAGAAAGCAGCCAGAGCUUACGAUCUUGCUGCCCUUAAGUACUGGGGACCUUCCACCCAUAUUAACUUCCCGUUGGAAAACUAUCAAGUAGAAUUGGAAGAAAUGAAGAACAUGAGCCGGCAGGAAUAUGUUGCUCACUUGAGGAGGAAGAGCAGUGGGUUUUCCAGGGGAGCUUCAAUGUACCGGGGCGUCACGAGGCAUCACCAGCAUGGUAGAUGGCAAGCUCGGAUUGGCAGGGUUGCAGGGAACAAGGACCUUUAUCUUGGGACGUUCAGCACCCAAGAGGAAGCAGCCGAAGCUUAUGACGUUGCUGCCAUAAAGUUUCGCGGGGUAAAUGCUGUAACUAACUUCGACAUCACCAGAUAUGAUGUUGAAAGGAUCAUGGCCAGCAGUACUCUACUUGCUGGAGAACUGGCUAGGCGAAACAAAGAUCCAGAGCCUAGAACUGAAGCCAUUGAUUAUAACCCCUCAGUGCAGAACGUUGGGGAAGAAACAAAUCACCCCGAGAAUGACAAUGGGAACGGCCCAGAUUGGAAGAUGGUUUUGUACCCAUCCCCUCAGCAAACACCAAAUGCCUGCGUCGAAUCACUUGAUCAUCAUCAGAAGACUAUGAGUUCUGUCAACUACAGAAAUGCCUCUUUCUCAAUGGCCCUACAGGAUCUGAUUGGCGUUGAUUCAGUGAACUCAAGCCAGGCGAUGGUGGAUAACUCUGGCAAACUUGGAACCCAUUUUUCCAAUCCAUCCUCUCUAGUGACUAGUUUGAGCAGCUCAAGAGAGGUUAGCCCGGAUAAGACCGGCUCCACAAUGCUCUUUGCGAAGCCACCUUCAGGUUCAAAGUUUGUCAGCCCUGCUGCCGGUGUUAGUUCUUGGUUCCCGACAGCUCAGUUGAGGCCGGGUGCAAUCUCCAUGGCACACUUGCCUGUUUUUGCUGCUUGGACCGAUACCUAAAACGCUUCAUGCGUUUGUCACAUGUAAAGUUUUGCAUGCACAAGGAGGAAAUUGUGGGGGGAGGGUGAUGUAAGAUUUUGAUUUUGCUUCUUUAGACGUGCUAGUGGAAGAAAUGGGCAAUUAAUGAAAAAAGAAAAGGUGGGGGGGCCAGCUUUCUGUCUCUAA